AACCCAGAAUAACCUUUGUCUGAUGACUCUGCGCACUCCUCUCAGCCGCUCUGUGAAUAUUGUUGGUCUCAUAAUGCUAACAUCCGCUUUAUCACGAGCUUUCUGCCAGGCUUUGACCGAGGGCAACCGCAGAUCAUACCCGACAUUGAGUCAUUUUUUCCGGACUUUUGGGACGACUCCUCCUACAAGAUGUGGAGACACGAAUGACAGUGUGGUUACUGUUUCUCAGCUCAAGGCCAUGUUGGACAGCAAGAACGCCCAGCUGUUUGAUGUGAGAAGGCCUGAUGAGUUCCAAGCUGGACACAUCCCAAGUGCUGUGAACAUACUAUUGGAUGAUCUGGAGGUAUCACUGAAGCUGCCCUCCGAAACGUUUGAGCAGAAAUUUCAAGUGAAGGCUCCUGCUAAAACAGAUGACAACAUUGUGUUUAACUGCAGAAGUGGAGUUAGGAGUGGCCAGGCCCUGGACAUUGCCCGUCGGCUAGGAUUCUCCAAGGCAAGGCAUCUUCAGGGUGGCUUCAAUGAGUGGGAAGCGGAAGAAGCAAAGGGAAAAUCCAGCUAGGACAGAAAAAGGCCGUACAACCCCAAAAGUACCCAAUUACAGAUUCCAUAAAAUACUUUUAAUAUUUAAUGUUUAAUAAACGUUUUAUUAACUUAUCUCCAGUCACUCUUUUGCAAUAUCUUCACUGUUUUGCCCAAUAGAUGGCAGCAAGUUUCAACAGUUCUUGUUUUCCUUCCCCUGUUCUCUGUGAUUGCUGUGGUGCCCUUUGAGCUGAGACCUUCAGUUAGUCUAGACGGCUAUAGCACCUCAGAGUAUCUGUCAAGGUGCAAUUUACACAACCAUCCUUUUCAAUAAAACGCU